UUGACUGUCCCAUUUUACCCCUGAGUCUGUUUAUUUAUGCUCCUCCGCCCCCUAUGCCUGGGACAGAAAUGGGGUCGUCGGUCGAAGGGUUGAGGUGUGGUAAUAUGGAUAGGAUUCAGCUCAUGUCUCCUCUGGAUCGAUCCAGCAGGUAGUAACGUUUGAGGCGGUGUGGAGGGGGAAAUUUAGGCUUCCCCUCGUCUUCUGAGGCUCGAUAUCCCUGUACAUAGCGUCCCGCAGUUCAGCCGAGGUUGACCAUCCGCAUCCGCUGACAGUUAUUGAGUUGCGGUUAGUGUUUGGGAGGUGUCUGUCGAUGCACUGUCAUCUUGUCCUCUAGUUUACUGGUGAUAUGUGUGCUGAAGGCGGAUUGUAGAGCUGGUGUUGCUCAUUCGUGAAUAUUUUUGGAGAAUAUGAAAGAAAUCGGUAGAAACAUGUCAGGCGCUGACGCCGAGUUGUGCGGAUUCCUCGACGCGAAGCUUCCAGGUAGUCGUUACAUGUCCCACCGCGUGCGAAAGCGACCCCUGGCUCCCUGGAAGGCCUGGCGAAGGCACUGGUGUUCAGUUCGCAAAUUGGGUCCAGGUUUAGGAGUCGAGGUCCACCUAGACCGCGGCCUGACUAGCGAUGGAAAUGACAGGAACAAUUCCAUAAAAGUUCCAUCAGACUCCAUAAUAUGUCGCACCGAGUCACGAACAAAGCAAUUUGCUUUUGGAAUAUUUCCUGGAAAAGAGAGAAAAGCUCUGCUGUAUUUGUCCGGUACCUCUGAGUCGGAGACCCAGAGGUGGAUGGCGAACCUCCGCCAGCUGCUCAAGCCCAGACGCCACAGAUUCAUGGAAGGGACAUUCAACAUAUCAAUGGUGGACAACACUCACUCGAGAGCUGCCGGCCUGACCGGGCUUCAUGGGGACCUCGUGGCCAGUCGCUCGGGGGUCUUCAUCAAGGAUGUGCAUUCUGGCGACAUAAUCGAGACCCUGGACUGGAAGGAGAUGAAUCAGUUUCACUUGGUGACUGCUGGUCGUCCUGAGGAUGUCAAACGAAUUUGCGUCAUUCACACGACUAGAGAAUUUCGCGGAGGCCUUGGAGAACUCCAUGUUUUUUGCAUGAAUGCCCCCAAACUUCUCCAGGAUUUGGUCACCCAGGGACGAGGGCCCAAACACAAACAGGCGUCACGUCCUCUCAGUUUGUCUGAGGGAGAUCUGAGACUGUCUAUUCACACAUGUCACGCUGAGGCCUCUCCAUCGUUUACGGUGAAGAGUAAGGUUGCCUCGACGUUGAUCAACGCAGGUCUUGGUAUGCUUCUCUCCACCAGGUCUGGCAGUGAGGCCAAGCUUCUCCAUCAGCUUGAGGACAGAAUUACUGACAGCAAGUUGACAGGGCACCUCAGGGCUGUCGACAAUGUCUAUCAACCGGAGCCAGCGAGCAUCCCCAAUAUCAGUGCUAGUCUCGAGGAGCUGGAGGAACCAUCGCCCAGAAGAGUCUCCACUGUGUCAAUAGCCUCAGGAAUAUACGAGGAAAUUGUGGAGGAUCUGAGUGACUUCAGGAAAAUGAGAAUUCACUCGAAUCUAUAUGAGGAUCCAAAUGAGAUUCUCAUUAUGUCUCCGGAAGUCGCGAGACUUCCACCACCUUUGCCACCGAGAAAGAGGUGUGGGUCGGGCUCGACCAGAACUGGAAGCAUCAGCGAUGAUGGGCUGGACUCGGAGGGAGGCACCAGGUCAGCUACACCGACACCAGAGGAAAAGGUUCAUGCGGUUGCGCCGCUCGUCCUCGAGGAUUCUGAUUAUGUCCCCAUGAGUCCGAGGGUCAAGGAUAUUGCGCUGCAACUGCAGGGGGAGAAGAGAACUGCUCAGGAGGAGGUUUAUAUGGUGAUGCGAUAAAUUUUUCGGGGAUGGGUGUGGUUUGGGGGUUAAAUGGUAGUUUCAGUUUUUUUGAGGGGAGGAAAGUUGUCCUAGAAAGGAGGGCUUUGAAAAGGAUAGUUUGGAAUUCAGUAGCGGAGGGGUAAAAUAGAGCAAGCUGAUUUGGCUGUUAACUGAGUUUUUGAGAAAUAUCUCGGAAUUUGGGGGACGGGAAGGGGGAUGACGAAAUUUUAGUAAUGGACUUUUGCGAUGGGCCAAUUUCAGAUUAGAAAAAUAUUUGACCAAAAAUCUGUAUAUCUGUAAUAAGUUGUGAGAUAUUCACUGAAAACCUCACUACUGAAUUCACUCUUUGAUGGAAGAAUCUCGUUGUCAUAUGUUUAAUUGGACUUGUUAAAUUGUAUGAAUAUUUAGGUAAUGAUCGGCUUUGAGAGAGGAUAUCCUAUUUUUUUGACGAGAAUUAAAUUUUGAAGAAAAUGUCUUUCAAGUUUUUCUUUUAAAAACACUCAUUUUUUAUGUAAUGCGAUAGAGGCAGUUAAUUGCCAAGAAAUCCACGAAUAGUUUAAGAAAACAAAUCAAUUAAAAUUAAGUAUCAACAUAGUAGACACCAAUUGCGGGUUCUGAGAGGGUCUAACAAUCGAAAAUUGUAAAUAUCCAUUGAUUUCUGGAUAAGGGGGAGGGGCCAUAUUCAAUGAGAGAGACCUUAGUUAAUAUAUUCACAUAAUCGACAGUCGAGACGAGUCAGUCAAUUAUCUAUGCGUCCUGAAAGCUCAAUUUACCUGAAUUUUUAUAAACUCUCGUUUUAUAAUGAAACUUUAAAAUCACAAUUUUUGAUAAAAUCCACGGUAAACUCUCGAGAGCUAUCUCGUUGACGUUUAUCGAAUGGUAAUAGGGAGUACAAAUUUUAUCAACGCGGGACUGUUUCGACGAUUAAGUAUUAAGGGACAAUAUUGAAGAAAAAACGAACAUUAAUCAUAUCACCUUGCACUGAGUACUUGGAGAAUAAACCUGCAGGGAGUAUCAUUCAAUUUAUUCGGUUAUUGAGGUCGUGUGGGACAAGAUGGACACCUUUAAAUAUGUUUAAUGUUAAUGACUCAUUAAAUUGCUGAUGCAAGGGAAUAUUUUUCUCCAAGAAACGUACACUCCUUUCUUUUGCAAUGAGUCUAGACGGUUGUGAAUGCUGUUGAAAAGGCCCAGUGUCCAUUAAUCACCCCACCCCUAUUUUUGCCAAAUAAAUUAAUCUCCAGCGUUACUUUAUCACUGCCUUCUUGCUGUGUGCCUCUACUCUAUGUUUCAAUGGAGAUGAGAUGAACGAAAUAAAUGAAGAUUAAUAAAUUUAUGUGAAAAUUGCUUGUUGAAAAUUUGAAAAAAAAAUUUGUUUGAUUGAUGGAUCGAUUGAUUGAUUAAUUAUAGCAAAUAUGCUUGUUGCAAAAUUAUAGAGAACGAGGAUGUUGCUUGGCGUCAAUGAUUUACUGGUUUCGCGCGUGCUAAGUAGCUUUAUGACAGGGAAAUUCAGAGUGUUCUUUGCGAGAAAAAUGAAUUAAUAAACAAUAUUGUGAUAGAGACUAUUAUACGUCGAUGUAAUAGCCCUAUGUUCUGGAUUAAGAUCAUUAAUUUAAGAAGUUGCGAAGCUGUGGCACUUCGCUUUCUAUAUAUGCACGCUUAUCUCGAAAUGAGAGGAAUCGAUAUACUUAUGUUAUCACUUCGUUGCUUAUUGUGAGAAGGAGAAAUUUAAUAAAAUUAAUGGGAUGUAUAUUAUCUAUAUGAAA